GGAGAAUGGAGGCUAGAGGCAGGGGGUGUCGGGGGACACACUUGUAAAGUGUCCUUCCUUACGGGUAAUCUGGGCGUGAACAUGACAUGCUGAUCAUGACCAAUCCUGCAGAGUACGAACAACACGGUAUAAAACAGACGAGAGGUUACGGAGCGAAUCAGUGCUAACCCAAAGAGGCAGAGGAAAGGACACAGGCACUACUGCUAACUUACAUACUGGCUCAGUACUUCACCAGAGUACAGUGUUCCUGACUAGUUGCCAGUGUUGGAGAAAGUAUUCAGCCUUGCUGCCUCCACAAAACUAGCAAGUCCGACAGCAUGGCUCCUCUACGAGCUGGUAUCCUGCAGGUCGUGUGCCUAAUGGCCGCUGUACUUGUGUCUGUAAGAGCCGCACCAGCAGAGCACCCGGAGUCCAAAUCACAAAAUUGUGUUGUGAACAUGCUCGCGACAGCUGGAAUCGACAGACACCUCGCUCGCAAGUACUCCAGGUUUCUGGCGCUGGCAAAAGUGAAUCCACAGGAUUGGGUUAGAGAGCCAUUGCAAAUUCUGGAGAAGGCUGGCAUCACCAACGUGACCGACAUAGAGAUGAUUGCAGACUGUCAUUCACCGCUUGUCGACGAUUUGUCCAGGCCGGAAGGUUGUCGAAAUUACCAGGCCUGCGACGAUAACUCCGAAUGCGUUAUGUGGACAAAGAGCACAGGGGCCGCUCACUUCGUGUGCCAGACGAAGGACUACUGCAAGGAGGAGCCCUGCCUAAAUGGCGGGAUAUGCGAGAGCACUAGCGAUAAUUUCACAUGUGAUUGUGCUAUUGGCUACAGUGGGCGACACUGUGAGGAGAAAUGGCUUACCAAGGAACACAGUGAUCAACAGUACGCCGACCUGAAAGAAUCAGUUGAGACCACAAUGGGAAACAUGGAGAAGGUUGUAACGUCGGCUCUGCGGUCACUUCAAGGUCUAAUGGACGCUGUCUAUCUCUCUGUGGCUGGGAUUAACGCCAACAUCGAACUCAGCCUUCUUACACCAACUACGCCUCCAGUGCCAACAACUACACCGACGACCACCCCCACAACCAUUCCGACCACUGAGACUGUCACCACCAGGCGAAGGAUUCGCGUUGCAAGGACAGACAUCGAGAUGUUCGUGCCACUCCGUGUUACUUGGUUCACGGCCAAGUCAAGAUGCGAAGCCAGAGGCGGCACGCUGGCUGAGGCGAGGAAUUCCGCGGAGCAUCACCGACUGUACACCUUCCUGUCUGCCCGUGGCCGUCAAAGCAACACAAACUUCUGGCUUGGCGGCACUGACAGACAUCACGAGGGUCGCUGGAGAUGGCUCACAGGCGAAGCAUUCUCCUACACCAGGUGGUUCCCUGGCGAGCCCAACAACGACUACGCUGGUCACCCGGAGAACUGCUUGCAACUCGCCCGCGGUGGGUGGAACGACUUGCCCUGCGAUCGUCCCAUCGAUGGAUACUUGUGUCAGGUCACCCGCUAUAGUUACAGAUACGUCUAAGACUGUCCAAUAGGCACACCUCCCAGGCCAAGUUAAAGUGAGCUUACCUACACAUGCACAUGUUUGUCGAAGUGAGUGACCCAGCAGGGAGUGUGCCGUCGACCACCUAACGCAUGUACAUGUACAUGUCCAUUGUUUGUAGUUAGCUGUUCGAUACCUUUUCUAUGCUGCUCACCACUUCAUAUUUCAGUCUUUCAUUAUAAAAAAAAUCUUUUCAAAAUUCUUAAGGACGCCUCAUGCACCUUCAUUAUCAGAUUCUAGAACUAUUACACAUUUGCAGGCAACUCGCCCACACUCAAAAAGCACUGCAUUUUCACACACAAUCUGAUAGGUUUUUCAGAGUUUCGAUCUCUGUGACCAUCGUCAGGAAUGACAAAUAACUUCUUGCUAUACUCUGUUAUUUUCCUUCUUAUCAAUAAUGUGAUGCUAAUCCAACUGCUGACAAUCGUGAGAAAAUGUUCUUGUAAAUUA